CUCCCCCGGGCUCCCGAUCACUCGAGUCGGCCUGGGCGAGAAAAUCGAGUGAAGCCCUGGGGGUAGGGGGGCCCCCCUGGUCCCUCUGGGUCACUGCGCCCACCAGCCCCUCCCGGUGCCAGCACCCGAGUUUUCACCUGCUCCUCUGGCACCGCCCUGGCACCGCCCCUGGCCACGGCAGUUCCCCCAUCUGGAGCAGAAAGUCGGGGUGCCGGGAGGAGCCUAAGGACGGGCCGGCGGCUCGGACGGACGCUCCCUGCCCGCCGCGGCUCCUAGAGGAAGCAGCUGCCCCCAUGGGCCCCCCCAUCCUGGCCCUGCUGCUGCUCCCCGGGACCCUGCAGCUGGCAGGAGGGCUAUCGGUGACCCACACCGGGGCCCCGAUUAUGGUGUCUCUGGCCGACAGAGCGGUGACCUUCGUCUGCAGCAUCUCCUACAAGUACACGCCGCCGUUCCAGAACUUCCAAGUCAGCUACUAUUACAGGGACGUGCGGGGCCGGCGCAGCUCCACGCAGGACACCAACUGCAAGCCCAGCUCGGGCACUGUGAACCAGACGGCCACACUGACCUGCUCGGUCACCCCCUCGCUGCCCAGCGCCGCAGCCACCGGCACCUACUACUGCUCCGUGCUCUGGGGCUCGAAGUCGGCCACGGGCAACGGGACCUUCAUCCUAGUCCGAGAUUUGGGGUACCAAGAGCCCCUGCACUACCCCCAGAAGCUCCUGCUCUUUUGCUUCCUUGGCAUCCUGAUGCUCCUGAGUGUCCUGGGCACAGCCGCGCUUUUCUGGAGGAAGAAGCAGGUGAAGGGUCCGAAGAAACCCCCCGCCCGGAAGUGCCCGGACUCCCACCCCGCCAGCAGUUCCAAGCAGCCCCCGGCCGAGUCUAUCUACACGGCCCUCCAGCGCCAGGACACUGAGGUCUACGACAGUCUGCAGGACCAGGCCGGCAGCCCACGCCCUGCCCAGAACCUCCUCCCCAAGGUGAGAGCGCACAGACUGCAGAGCGACAGUGAUCUGAACCUGGUCUACGAGAAUCUCUAGGACAGCGUGUCUGGGCUGGACCCACUGUCCAGCAGCCUCCGUGUGGACUUGGCCGGGACCCACAGGGAGGACGGGGCGCCCCACCCCUUCCUUCCAAGACUCUUCUGCCUUGGUCACCCCGGCCCCUCCUGGACCCAGCCCCCUCGAGUGUCUGUCCCUCUCCCCAU